GAACAAUUCGCGAAAGGAGUAGAGAAUGUUAUGAUGAUGUAUGGAUUAGAGAUAAUGAAAGAAUUACUCUUGGGAAUUGGUGGUAGAUUACCACGAUCUUUUGUUCUCUCUCUUGCAAACGUGUUAUACAAAAUAACGGGACGUUAUAUUGAGGCCAGUAGAGAAUGGUUAAAUAUUUUGCUAUCACAG